AUGCAAGUUUAUUCUUCAUAUUGUUCAAUAUUACAAGCUUUAUUAUUAACUCACAUCCAUUUUUAUAGUUCUGCAUCUUACACUUUCCAAGAAGAAAUUGGAAUUGCUUUAGUGGAAGAUAAAAGUGGCUUUGCAGGCAUUAUAGAAAUAGUCAAACUCCAUGGAAAUGAUGGGCAAGAUUAUAUUUUUACAUAUUGCUUGUUUGAAGAUGUAUCAAGGCGAGAUGAAUUACUUUCAUGCCCAAUAUACCAAUUACAAAUAGAUACUAAUGAUUCUUGUGGAAUAAAUGUAAUAUUAAAUUAG